AUGGCGAUCGGCUCACGGAGUCGUACAGGAUGUCUGACAUGCCGGUUACGCAAGAAGAAAUGUGAUGAGCAGCGACCGGUAUGCCGGAUUUGCCACUCGAGCGAAUUGACAUGUUAUGGUUAUGAUGCACCUCUUCCGAAUUGGUAUACCAGCAGAGCGAACUGGGAAGAAGUGAAGAGGUCUAAUGAAGCACAUGCCAUACAUGCCCUCGCUGAGACUCGUUAUAACAUUCGCCGAAAAGAUGCAGCGAAGACUAACAUCAACUGUUUUGCUAUUCCUUCCGAUAUCGCAGAGAGUGACGAGCGUCAUUAUUUUCAUGCAUCUACUUCACGCUCCGGAGUAGCAGUGGGCAGCAUCAGUACUAUCUCAACGGUGCCCUCCAGAGUUACAGUCACCCCGAACACAUGGCAACUACGUCCAGAAACGAUUUGGUGGGAUAGUGCAAUCAGCAAUCUAACACCGGAGACUCAAUCUUCAGCUGGCAGAGACACGAGGCUGCUCACAAUGUUCUUGGAGGUCAUCCAUCCAAUUACACAUGGCCUCUACCCAUUGUUGUCCGGUAGGGACAGAAGCUGCCUCCUCAACCCUCUGGUGAGCGAUUCAGCUUUGUAUAGCGCCGCAAUGAGUGUCAGUGCCUGUUUCGACCACUCUCUUACUGAACUACCAAAGAUUGAUGAAAUCGGCAUCUGUCCAAAGGUCAAAAGGUUACAGAGCACUGCGAUCCAUCAACUACAGAAUAGGCUUCACGCCUUCACCACAGAACGGAACCUGUCGCUGCAAGAGUUCCUUUUCACCGGCAUUCAUUUGCUAGAUGUGGUCCUAAACCUCAUUAACCUCGAAAUCUUUAGCAUGCUACAGGGUCACUGGGAGGUUCAUCACCAAGCUGCAAGGAUACUUUUAAACCACCUUGAGAUCCGGUCAAUCUCCAAAGCCACAUUUGGGCUUGCAUCUUACCCGCCUUCGGCGUUUGACUAUCUUCCUCUUCUUCAAUCGGGACGAAUCAAGCCAGAGAAUCUCAUGGGAUGUCAAGGGUGGAUCAUGGCCAUUAUCGUGGAGAUUGCAAGGUUUGAACAGUGGACGAUGAUGCAGGAUAUUCAGAAGUACGCAUUGAGUGUAACAGCAGAUCUAACACGACGGGGUAAUCAGCUUGCAGAAAAGCUCAAAUCUGGGAUCGAAAAACUGGAAAAGAAGAGCACGCAGACAGGUGCAUCGUCGGCUGCGCCCAGCCUCGAAAAAGACUGUAGACUCGUCAGUCUCCUCUGGGCUCAUGCUGCACAAGUCCUCUUGCAAGUCGCGAUGUUUGGGACAGGGCAAACCCAACCACAUGUCGACCAGACGAUCAUUCACAUUUGCCUCCAAAAGCUCGAGGAACUACCGGCUCGCCUUGUCAUUCGUGUAUGUUGGCCAUAUACUAUUGCCGGAUGCAUGUCGACAAGCGAGUACCAUUACAGAUUUCGCCAAAUCGUGACGGGGACAAUGCAACAAUCUCAACCUCCUGGCAUGACAUGGAAAGGUCUGAUGGUCAUGGAGGAAUGUUGGAGGUUGCAGAAAAUACAUGGAAGUUCCGGGGUUGGGUGGAGGGAAGCUAUGGAAAGUCUAGGCGCGAGAGUUUUGCUUAUUUGA